AUGGGGGAACCCUGUUUACGAAAGAAAACAGAGCUUCUUCGGAAGAUAGAAAAUUUUAGGGAUUUUGAGGAUCAAAGAAAACCCCUCGGGGAUGGGUGUACCUACCUAAUUCCAGAGGAUGGAAGGGUGAACGCCCAGUCCGAAAUUUUCACUCCCAAGGUCACCGGUGGAGAGGGGAUCGUCAAGGCUGGUGGCACCACCGACAUCCACUGGCUGGUGAAAACUCGCCUGAGCUGGGUUGGUCUGACGGGAUUUUCUGCCGUGAUUCCAGCUAGGUUGGGCGGGAUGCGCGAAAAUUACUCACAGUUCGGAAAUCCGAUUUCGAUUGGGUGGAUGGACUUUCCUAUUCCAAUUCGAGCUCUGAGAAACGGAAGGAAAAGGGGCUCUCACCUGCUGUUGGGGAAUUCAGACUCUUUUUCAAUAAAUUGA